AAACCAACACACUCAACAGCCACUUCCACGACCACUACUUUGACUGACUAUCAGGAUGGCUUCCUCAUCGAGUACUUCCAAGACGGGAAACAAGUCUGCCAAUCCAGCUGCCUCCUUAAUCGCCGGUGCGUUUGCGGGAUCCAUCGAGGGAUUCGUUACCUAUCCAACCGAAUUUGUCAAGACUCGGUCCCAGUUCAGAUCCGCAACGGCAAUCGGCAAGCCGCCCGGACCGAUCGAAAUCUUGAAGACUACAAUAGCAAGAGAUGGGGUCAAGGGACUCUACUCUGGAUGCUCUGCUUUGGUUAUUGGUAAUGGGUUGAAAGCUGGGGUCAGAUUUUUCAGUUAUGAGAAGUUCAAGAAAGCAUUAGUAGAUCAAGACGGCAAACUUACAGGUCCAAGAUCAUUAUUAGCCGGACUAGGUGCGGGGAUGUUCGAAGCAUUGAUCGCGGUGACUCCGUCGGAGACGAUCAAAACAAAGCUGGUCAACGAGUCGAUGAAGCCCAAUCCUCGAUUCACUGGACUCGUCCAAGGCACCAAAGAAAUCAUCAAGAUCGAAGGCAUCGGGGGGAUCUAUCGCGGCUUGUUUCCGGUCAUGAUGCGGCAGGGAGCGAACUCGGCCGUCAGAUUUUCUACUUACAGUUCCUUGAAAGCAGUGUUCCAAGGAAACGUGAGUCCAGGCCAACAAUUACCCAGCUUCAUGACCUUUGCUAUCGGAGGAGUAGCGGGUGUCGUCACGGUUUAUUGCACGAUGCCACUCGACGUGAUUAAGACUCGGAUGCAAUCGCUAGAAGCUAAAACCAAAUAUUCUAAUUCGUUCGAUUGCGCGUAUCAGAUCUUCAAGUUUGAAGGAAUCUCUAGGUUUUGGAAAGGCACUACUCCUAGACUGAUCCGGCUAAGUCUUAGCGGCGGGAUUGUCUUUACUGUCUAUGAGAAUGUGAUCAAGUUGAUGGGAGGUCUUUCGAUUUAG